AUGACUGGAUAUGCUUGCAACCAACAAAGCAUGUAUCAAGGAUGUAAUUGUCACAGCUUGUGCCAACCGUACACGGACCCGCAUGAAAUGUAUUAUCACCAUGGAUAUGGUUGUCAGGGACACUGCUCUGGUGGGUGUGGAGAAGAAGGGGAGGUUGAUGAAUGUGGAAUGAAGAAGAAGAAGAGAAAGCAUAAGAAGAAGAAGAAGAAUAAGAAGAAGUUUAGGUUUUCAGAGGAAGAAGAAGCGAGUGUCGUGGAUAAUGAUUCCCAGUUAUUCAACCUUUGUAUUCUGAAAACUCUAACCUACAUGUUUCAACCACCUGGUUUUCCAGAAUCCUAUAAAAAGAAGAAACCAGUAGCUGAAGACGACGAUGAUGAACUCCCCCUUCCUCCGACUUCCGAAGAAGAGGCAGCCGCCGCAAGAAACUCGAAAAAAGAGGACAAAGACUGGGAGGACGAUGAGAAAUGGGAAAGGAAAUUUGUGAGCAGGACGACGACUCCUGCUCCGAGACCUGCUGCUCCGAGUGGAGGACUCGGUGGAUUGGGACUCGGAAAUGGAGGUCUAUUCGGAAUAAGUAGUGGAAUUGGAGUGGGUGUUCCAGGUGUCGGACCGAUUGGAGUGUCUAGUGGUCUUGGCAUUGGAUAG